AUGGCUCACUUCCUGUUCCCCGCGAGCGCCAGCGCCGACAAGGCGAAGCGGAAAGACGACUAUCCUGCUCUGCUGGCCGACAUCGUCCGCGGCGCCACUGACUCCAUCGAUGGCUUAAUUCUCUUUCGCAGCCUUCUGACCGGCCACAGCAACGGCUCCGACACCCUUGGCUUCAUGGGUUUCGACGCACAUGUGGGCGAGACCGGCUGCCACCUCAGGGCAGGCAUGGUCAACGACCUCUUCACAACAUACAGCUGUCUCCUUCAAAGCAACCCCGAAGCAUGGCAGGCGGUAGAGUUCUGGCUCGACGAAACAAUCGCACGACUCGAGGCCGUCAUCACUCAAGCCCGCACCGCCUGCGUCAGGCUUACCAAGGACAAGGUCAAGCCCAGUCUGCUGGGGUUCAACCAGAAACAAGAGACGCCUCGAAAGGUCCUCGUCCAACUUGGAUGGUCCGAGCCGGAGCAGACCUUCGGUUUCGCGACCAGAGAAGAGAGGGCAGCCCCAGUCUUCGACCCAUUAACUUCGACAUCCUCGAGCACAACCCUCCAAGUCGACAGUACCACAGACCGAAGUCGGACAGAUUGGCAAAUCCUCAACUCUGUCAUCCUCUCCCGCUUUGUCGUCUACGCCUAUGUGCUUUCCAAGUACAAGGCGUUUAGCUUUUAUAACGGCUCCCCAAACGGCAGCCUCCAGCCGCAGGCGGCUGACAGCUUCACCCGGGAGCUGAUGGAGAACAGCUGGGACAGUGGAAGUGCGAAUGUCAAGCGUUCUGGCAUGAGGCGUCUAGAAAACGAGUUUCGCGACUUGCAAGUGUGGCUCUCGCAGCUGAGUUGUGCUUGGCUGCAGUCCCUGGCGAAGCGUUCCGAUCUCGGGUACGACAUGUCUAGGUCAGUAACAGUCCCCAAGUCUCCGACCCUCUGCCUCCGGCAGACUGCUCACACUGUAGACAGAUUAAUUUCCAGCACAACCCAAAAGUCAAAACUGGGGCUCACAGCUGCUGCUUGUUUCCCCAGUUAUCUUCUCCAGCGCGAAUUUCUCCUCCGCCAGUCCACCCCUAUCAUCCUCGUCGAUAAGCAUUUCUGCGCCAAUGGGUAUCACAUCAAUGUGUUUGAGGCCACAGUCGCCCCCACCCCAAAAACGCGCCCGAGCGGGUUCCUCGGGCGAGCCAAGUCUCUCUUCAAGUGCCUGCUCCCAAACAUCCGCAGCAAGAUUAAGAAGAACAACCAACCGCCCCCCGCCAACAGCAACAGCCUCGAAAGCCCACUGGGCCUGGCGCUGCGGUGGCGCAUCAAACAAACCUCUAUCGACGCGCUCAUGGCUGAAGGCGACCCCACAACACCGCACAUGGUGGUAACGGGUAACAGCCUGCGCGGGCCGCAUCGGCAGUACACCGACCUAGUGCGGGCGUCUCUGUCGGCGGAGCCGGGGAGUCGACCAGCCAACUCGUUCCCCCACAAUACCAGCAGCAACAGCGAAAAGCCUGCUACCACAUCUUCAUCAUCACCAUGCCGCUGCGCGGAGAACGAGGCGCACGUUGACGAGUUCCUGCGUGCGGACCACGACCGCAUCGCGUUAUCCUUCUUUGCUGUGCACUGCGCGUACUCAUUCCCGCUGACAGGCGAAGAGAAGGACGAGGUGGCUUUUGUGGACAAGGCCAUGGACGCUUGGGUUGAGGAAAAGGAACAGGCGCACAGGGGUGUGGCGUCGCCGGCGGCGCUGUGGAAGGCAAGCCGCGACGAGGCGGAUAUCCUCGGCACCGGGACGGGCAGCAUGCACCUCUUCCGCUGGCAACAUGCCUUCGCUGAGAGCAAGGGUCGGUUGGGCUGGUUACUGGAGAGGUCAUUGAACGCGGCCGAGUUGAUGCCGCUAAAAGCGGUCAUGCCAGGGGAAGAUGGUGAUUCUUAG